AUGCCCUCGUUCACCGCGCGCGGGGUCCAGCGCUCCUUCUCCCAGUCACACGCCCACGGCCACUCUCCACAUCUCCAGCAGCAGCUCGGUGGUGCCCAAGUCGUCCGCACGCCACAGGACGCCAUGUCCUCCAUGGGUCGCAUCAACGGCAACGGCGCCAUGCCGUCAUACGCGCAGCCGAGCUGCCAGCCGUCGAUGCGCGAGCGUGACGGCUACCAGCCGCAGCAGCAGCAACAGCAGCAAGCCGCAUCGCAACCCGGCUCGCGGCGCCCCAGCAUCUCCCAGCCAAUGCCCCUGGCCAACGCGCACGUCGCGGCGUCGCCGCGCACCGACAAGAGAUAUGUCCUGACUGACCCUGGCGCCGGCGCCCGCCCGACCGUCGCUGGCCGUGUCGAUGUCGACGCCGCCAACAACAACCACCACGAAGAUCGUCCCCGCUUGACCCAGCCGUCGCCGACCUUCAACGCCGCCCCCCUGGCCCCUCCGGCCUUCAACGCGCUCCUCCUCGCACACACAUCCCGCCCAAACACAAACGCCGACUCGACCGUCCUCGUCACACUCAAGUUUUCAUACAGCCUUAAUCCCGAGCCCGUGACCCAGGCAGUGACCGUCACGUUUGAGACGCUCAAGCCUGCUGGUGGCUUGCUGAUCAGGUUCCUCGAGAAUGCCAUCCGCCCCAACUCGGUUGGAUCGCUGGCGGGCUCGGGUGGCUCGGGCUCGGGCGUGCUGGACAUGACGGAUGGGUCCAGUGCCGACGAGUCAGACUUUGAGUUUGACGAGGGCAUGGCCGAGGUUCUGAUUGAGAACGACAUCGGCGAGACCAGCCCCCUUAGAAUCGGUUCGCUCCAGCGCAGCAAGUCGGUGUCGUCGGUUACCGCGCCGUCGCCGACCACCCCGUCGCGCGUCCGCAGUGGCUACCCGCCAACGGCGUACCCGUACUCUCUGCCCCCGAUCGCCCAGCAGCCGGCCAUGUCGCUGCUCCCACCGCUGUCGGCCAUUCCAGCGGUGCUUGCGCACGCCCGCCGUCCCAGGUCAAUGACGUGCCCCGGCCCUGCCGUCGGCAUGAUCACCGAGCUCACCGUGUUGCUGCAGCGCGACGCGGGGGCGUGGCACGCGAUUGCGUCUCGACUCUGCUCUGGCUCGUGGCCAUCGCUCGAGGGCAAGCGCCGUCGCGUCGAGGACGAGUGUCGCUGGGCCGGCAUGGACCCGCUCCUUGCCGAGCUGGCGUCGAUUCCCAGCAUUGCCGGUCCGCGCGGCGGCUACAUCUAGGCGCGGGUGCGUAGGGGUUUUACGCACUGUGUAGUAUACUACAACACAUUGUAGUCUUCACAAAUUCUUCAAGUUGUAUAUGCCAUGUCGGGG